UUUCAGUCAUUAUUAUUUAAAAUAUUUUUAUUGUUGAUUUCAUUUGCUCUUAUUAAACUCACCACCACCACCACCACCACCACCACCACCACGCUCUCUUCCAUUUUCCCGCAAAACAAACACAUUCACAUACUUUUCCCUCACUUUCUCGGCGGCCAAACGCCAUAAAAAUGGCGUCGAAGGUGGCGCUGAUGGCGCUGUUCUCCGUCGCGCUCCUGUUCUCUCCGUCGCAAUCCGCGGUCUUCAGCGUAGAUCUAGGCUCCGAAUCGGUGAAGGUGGCGGUGGUGAACCUCAAGCCCGGCCAAUCCCCGAUCUCCGUCGCGAUCAACGAGAUGUCCAAACGCAAAUCGCCGGCGCUGGUCUCCUUCCAUGACGGCGACCGCCUCCUCGGAGAGGAGGCCGCCGGCCUCGCCGCGCGCUACCCGCAGAAGGUCUAUUCCCAAAUGCGCGACCUCAUCGCCAAACCCUACGCCUCCGCGCAGAGGAUUCUCGACUCAAUGUACUUGCCAUUCGAUGCAAAGGAAGAUUCACGAGGCGGCGUGAGUUUCCAAAGCGAAAACGACGACGCUGUUUAUUCCCCCGAGGAGCUGGUUGCCAUGGUGUUAGGUUACACGGUGAAUUUGGCAGAGUUUCACGCAAAGAUUCAGAUAAAGGACGCGGUGAUCGCGGUGCCGCCGUACAUGGGGCAGGCGGAGCGGAGAGGGCUGCUUGCCGCGGCGCAGUUAGCGGGGAUUAACGUUUUGUCUCUGAUAAACGAGCAUUCCGGCGCGGCGCUGCAGUACGGGAUCGACAAGGACUUCUCCAACGAGUCUCGGCACGUGAUCUUCUACGACAUGGGCGCGAGCAGCACCCACGCGGCGCUCGUUUACUUCUCGGCGUACAAGGGGAAGGAGUACGGGAAGAGCGUGUCGGUGAAUCAGUUUCAGGUGAAGGACGUGCGCUGGGAUCCGGAGCUCGGUGGCCAGCACAUGGAGCUGCGGUUGGUGGAGUAUUUUGCGGAUCAGUUCAAUGCGCAGGUUGGAGGUGGAAUCGAUGUCAGGAAGUUCCCCAAGGCUAUGGCUAAGUUGAAGAAACAGGUUAAAAGGACUAAAGAGAUACUUAGUGCUAACACAGCAGCUCCUAUUUCAGUUGAAUCGCUUCAUGAUGACGUCGACUUCAGGAGCACAAUAACCCGUGAGAAAUUUGAAGAGCUUUGUGAAGACAUUUGGGAAAAAUCGCUCUUACCUGUGAAAGAGGUGCUUGAGAAUUCUGGCCUGUCAUUGGAACAAAUAUAUGCAGUGGAGUUGAUUGGAGGUGCCACCAGAGUGCCAAAAUUACAGGCUAAGCUUCAAGAAUUCCUCAGGAGAAAAGAACUUGAUAGGCAUCUUGAUGCUGAUGAAGCAAUAGUUCUUGGCGCAGCUCUGCAUGCUGCAAAUUUAAGUGAUGGAAUCAAAUUGAACCGCAAACUAGGAAUGAUUGAUGGUUCCUUAUAUGGAUUUGUGGUUGAGUUGAAUGGUCCUGAUCUUUUAAAAGAUGAAAGCUCUAGGCAGCUACUUGUGCCACGAAUGAAGAAGGUCCCGAGUAAGAUGUUUAGAUCCAUUAAUCAUAACAAGGAUUUUGAAGUUUCACUUGCUUAUGAAAGUGAGAAUCAUUUGCCUCCUGGUGUUACCUCUCCUGAAAUUGCUCGAUACCAGAUAUCUGGUUUGACAGAUGCAAGUGAGAAAUACUCAUCUCGGAAUCUGUCAUCCCCCAUCAAGACAAACAUACAUUUUUCUCUUAGUAGAAGUGGAAUUCUUUCACUGGAUCGGGCUGAUGCUGUUAUUGAAAUAACAGAGUGGGUGGAAGUUCCUAGAAAGAAUUUGACCAUAGAGAAUUCAACCGUUUCAUCAAAUGUUUCAGCUGAAUCUGCUGCGGGUAAUAGUUCUGAAGAAAACAACGAAAGCGUGCAAACUGAUAGUGGGAUUAAUAAGACAUCCAACAUUAGUUCAGAGGAGCAAGCUGCUGCUGAGCCUGCUACAGAGAAAAAGCUGAAAAAGCGGACCUUUAGGGUACCAUUAAAGAUUGUAGAGAAGAUAACUGGAUUUGGAAUGUCUCUAUCACAAGAUUUUCUUGCUGAAGCCAAAAGAAAACUACAAGUACUAGAUAAAAAAGAUGCAGACAGAAAAAGAACAGCUGAGUUAAAAAAUAAUUUAGAAGGAUAUAUAUAUACAACUAAGGAAAAGAUUGAAACUCUUGAGGAGUUUGAAAAAGUUUCUACAAGUGAGGAACGCCAGUCCUUCAUUGAGAAGCUUGAUCAGGUGCAAGAUUGGUUGUAUACAGAUGGUGAAGAUGCCAAUGCCACAGAGUUUCAAGAGCGUCUAGAUCAGUUAAAAGCUGUUGGAGAUCCAAUUUUCUUCAGGUUAAAAGAGCUUACAGCUCGGCCAGCAGCAGUUGAGCAUGCUAAUAAAUACAUUGAUGAGUUGAAACAGAUUGUUGAGGAGUGGAAAGCAAAGAAGUCUUGGCUUCCACAAGAACGAGUAGACGAGGUCAUAAAAAGUUCUGAAAAAUUGAAGAAUUGGUUGGAUGAGAAAGAAGCUGAGCAAACAAAGACUUCUGGAUUCAGUAAGCCAGCAUUUACAUCUGAAGAAGUAUAUCUGAAGGUGCUUGAUCUGCAAACCAAGGUUGCCAGUAUUAAUAGAAUUCCCAAGCCCAAACCUAAGGUUCAGAAGCCCGUAAAAAAUGAAACCGAAAGCAGUGAGCAGAAUACAGAGAAUUCUGAUUCUAACUCAGCUGAUAGUUCCUCUUCAAGUGAUUCAUCCGUUAACAGUUCAGAAGGCACAAGCGAAGAGACGGUAACUGAGCAAACUGAAGGUCAUGAUGAGCUAUGAUUAACCUGGCAUACAUGUUAGGCCGGUUUGAAUCAUCUACCUGCAACGUUUUUAUAGUCAGAGAUGUAGACUGGUAAUGGUAGAAUUAAUAGGUGAAAAGGAGGCAGUGUCGGUUCUCGGCGAGCAGGAGAAUAGAGUUGAGGCAACAUUUGCUGGUUGAGUUCUAAAAUUUUGAGGUUAGAUGGCUACUACUGUAGUAGAUGAUUUAUUACCCUUUUAUAUUUAAGGGGGCAACUUGUAAUUUGCAGUCAUAUGAAAGCUUGUAUUUGCCGAAACACAAUGUGAUAGGGGAAGAAAAAAAAAGAAAAACUCACGAGAUUUGAUUUGCUCAGAACAUAUAGGAAUUUUGCUUGAGUGACUCGUAACGAUUUUUGUUUUUAAUUAAUUUAGCAGAUACAUCUUAUCUUA